AGAGCUCACUUUCAAAACAUUCAGUAGUUGUUUUCAAAUAAGAACCAAACCAAAAUAACAUAAUAAAUACGUAGUGAUUUGAUUUAUUUUCGGCCUUCUUAUUAAAAAAUCGAGACCAAUUAAUUCCCCCAUAAAAUUUUUGAGGACCAAUAAUAACAACACCAAAACCACGCCAAAAACAUUUAUAACUCGUGGUUAUUUGGUUAAUUCUCGGUCUUCUUUGUAAAAAAAAAACAAGACUGAUUGCUAUCGUCCUAGUAAUUAGUACCAUUGAAUCGUCCUAGUAACUAGUAUCGGUAAUUCGACAGAUAGCAUGUCUGGUUCGGCUGCUCAAACUGCUCCAGUGAACGCUGUCGGAGUGGGGAUGUCAUAUGCACACUGGGAAGCUAGAAGAAACCAACAGCAUCAAGACAAAAACACUUACGCAGCCAACAUAAACAAGUUUUACGAUGAGAUGCAGAGACUUCAGAAGGAGAGAGGAGUCAACAGGACCCAGUCUCAAAGUAAUUCCCGGUCGGGGAGAGGACCAGGAGUGAAGUGGUUCUACAAAGAGGCGCCAAAGGUGCUCUCAGACAAGUGGACCAGUCAGUCCAGCUACCGCAGAUUCCCCCACAGCAGGGAGGAAUAUGUCUACACAGCCAAACUUCCCUCACGAUUCUCGAAUACACACUACUUUCAACAAUGGUGAUCAAUCAAAAUUCAAAAAAGGAAGAGACGCGAUAAAUCGCAGGACAGAAGGCAGCUACUUAACCGAGACUCGGCUUUUGCUUUCAUAUUUACGCAAUCAAUUUCCCAAUUAAUUCAAAAAAUUUUCUGAUGUGUUUUGUCUAUUCUUGGCAUUUACUGCCUUCAAGGCAUCUGCUUGUUUUCAACCGAACCAACCAAAUGUGAAAAGAAGGAUUAAUCCAGACUAGAUAAUUUUACAUGUCAAGUAUAAAUGCUAUCAACCUAGUGUACCGAAACGGCAGAUGUUUUCACCGCUGUUUCCAUGAUUUCUCAAUUUUACUGACCAAAACCUCGCCUUUAGAUUUUUUUAAUUCAGAUCUAAACACAAUAUUUUUAAAACCUGAUCAAAAUGCUGAAAUCAGGUAAACCUCGCCCUCGCUCAACUGUUUUGCCAGCCAUAGCAACCCCAAAAAUCAAAACCUCAGAAGACCGAGUUAGACCUUGUACUGCAUGUAACGACAUUCGCUUCCUCGACCUAACAAAAUCUCCAAGACUGUUAUCCGCAAGAAUUCCCAAUAUGUCUUCUAGUUACUAUAGCAGCCAGUCCAGCACAACAGGGUUGGAGCAUUACCAUAAAAAGGGAGGCGGCGUUAUCUAUAAAACCGAACAGAUUUUAAAUGGGACAAAAUCACGUCACAAAGACAAAUUAGAACCAUGCGACCCGAUUCGAGGAGGCGGUAGACUUUACGAUGUUGCAAUUUCGUUCAACUCCGACAAUGUUCAUCUUGCAGUCGAGAUAGCAAAAUUUUUGGAAUCAGAGUACCUGCGAGUAGCCAUGUGUAAGAUACCUUCGAAUGAUGAAAACAACAACAAAAACACUUCCGUAGACAGUGGAACUGAAAACAGUUACAAAAUCAUUCAGUCGAGAAACUAUUUGCAAUUACAGCACGGAAAGUAUAUGCUGGAAAACAUUCGAUUUGAGGAAGAGUUAUGUCUAGCAGUCGAAAUGGGGAUAGCAGUCAUAUUUGCGAAAUCUACACCCAAUGGGACUGACAUACAUUCGCUGAAAUUUCCAAUGCAGUUGAUAGUGGGACAGUACAAAAAGACGUGCAUUGAUCUAUCCGACCCAAACACAAGACAGCGACAUGUAAGAGUAAUUGCUGAAACUAUUCUCAGCAACAAUGAAUUUCCCAACAAAAUUCGACACAGUUUGAGAAUCAAAAGCAUUUGCAGCAUUGAAAACAGAGUAAACGAUCAAACACCGCGAUACUUCUGGAGUAACUACAUAGGAAAUGACAAAGUCGUAUCGUGGAAAACCUUUUUUGCCCAUUUUUUCAAGCACUACGCUCAAAACAUUGAUCCAAUAUCAGAAAGAGAUCGAAUUUGGCUGUGGAGUAUUCUCAGAAACCAGCUGAUAUCAACUGAUGGGAAUUUGACGCCCUCAGAUUUGGUCAAAUUUUGCACCGAACAAAAUACAAUUCUAGUUCCUAUUUGGGCAAAACUUUGCCAGUUGGCUGCGAAACUACAUGUUUUCGCUACGCUGAUUAAUGUUGAUUCAUCUACGCGCGAGAUCUUUACCACUUACUUUGGAAGGCACAUACAGACAGAGAAGAUGGCCUUGCUGAUCCUUCUAACAAAAGAUCAGAACCCAAAUUGUCGAGUCGCCGCAAUUCUAACGCUCUUUGAGUUGACCAAAUCCCAGCUUGAUAUUGGGCGUACAAUUUGCGAGAUCAAUCCUUGUUUAUCUGACGAAGAUUACUUUGUCAGGGAGAGUGCAUGUCGCGUAGCUUCUGUAUCGCCUUUGUUCGUGGAGAAAUUUCGAUCCAAACUCAUGUUUUUGUCUCGAAACGACCCAGUUAAGAGAGUAAGAGACGCUGCAGCUUCAGCUUUGCUAGCAACUGGGUCCUGUGAAGACACUAUGAGGAAUUGA